GGUGCAGCUCAGCCGUACCAGCAAACAGCACACUUAUAUGUGCACAAACUGUGGACCAGUGUAAAGCAUGUUUCAUUAGGUGGACGGAGAACACGAGCUUGCCUGUGCAUUUAAAUUCAUAGCAGUUCAUAAUCUUUUUUUGGAGGAGUGAGGGGGGCUCAUCUGAAAUAGCAUCGCCGUUAUUUAUUCUACGUGAUGGAAAAUGUCAAAAGCUGCCUCGCGCCAGGUGCCGUUUUUGUGUUGACACCAGUGGACGAGUUGCAGCAUCCACCUCUCACGGCACGCAAGGCGCUUCUCACACGUUAGCACGCUGAUCCGUUUUCUCCGCGCUCUCUCUUUCCGGAUACCCUUUUGCAGUGCUUAAUGAAGUUGCAGGGCUUGCUAGCACGCCGCAUCUCUUUUCCGCUGCUAAUAAUGCACAGACAGCAGUAGAGCUGCCCUGCCGACUAUUUAUAAACUCCACAGUGGGCGAAAAGACCCUGGUGGCCAGCUAGCGAGCGUACGGAAGGAACGAGACCUAUAGCGGGGUUCGGUGGAGCAGACUGAUGCCCCCUGCCACCUCUGGACUGGGCGUCUCACGCAGAGAGGGCACUGGGACUAGGGUGCACGAAAAAGAGAGAGAGUGUGUGAGAGAGAGAGAGCAGGCAGGGUAGACUUAUAGGAGAGACUGCGAUCGCAGCAGAGAGCAGCAAGUGACGAGUUGAAUCUAAAAAAAAAAACAAGCUGUAACACUUUCGCCUGUGAACGAAACAUCUUUUUCCAGCCAUCAGUGGAUCGCAGGAACGAGGAAGGCGUGAGCGAUGUUUUCCGCUCUCCGUCCAUUGAAGCGCUUUCUCUGAUUAACUGAAAUAAAGAUGACUGUGGUCAACCCCAGCACUCUUGGUCUGGUGGACAGUUCCCACCCCCAAGCUGUCCUCAGUCAUCUUAGUGAACAGCGUUCACAAGGCCUAUUCUGUGAUGUAAUUAUCGUUGUGGAGGAUGUCAAAUUCCGGGCCCACCGCAACAUACUGGCUGCUACAAGUGGAUAUUUUCGCAAUGCUUUCAAAGCGCCCGAGGUCUACACGUCCAGCCAGGUGCUGGAGCUAACAGACCUGAAAUCGGAGGUCUUUGCUAGCAUCUUAAACUUCAUCUACAAUGCCAGAGUGGAGUCAAGUAGUACAGAGGACAGCAGGUCAUUGGUGGCAGCUGGAAAGCGUUUAGGAAUUCCCUUUCUGGAGAAAUUGCUAGACUCUGAAAGGCAGAGCACUAGUCUCUUGCAAGGCCAAGCCUCUGCAAGCUGCGGAAGAUCAAACGCUCAAUCAAAGUUGGCAGACACCUGCACAUUGAAAAAAGAAACCCUCAAGCCUGAGGAGUUGGACUGCUCUAAGGGCCCAAGGAUCACCAAUGCUUUCUCCAUUACUGAGGUUGAGGCAGUCAACAACCCAUUCUCUACACUGGAGCGCCGUAACAAAGUUAUUGAGGGACUUGAGGAAGGGAAUCCACCUUCUAGCUCCCAAGAUACAAGCAUGUCACCCAUAGAGAGUGAGCCUGCCAAUGCCCUAACUGAGCACUCAUAUGCAGUGAGCCAGGGGCAAGAGUCUAAAGAGGUUAAUCAGGAAAAUGAUAACAGAAGCAUCAUACCUGUCAUGCCUCCAUCUAAGACUUUGGUUAGCCAAAAGCUUGGACCUAUAAAGAAGCGUCGCAUACAUUGUAAUGGUAUUCCACCUCUCUCAAAUGAGCCGGUUGCAACCAUACCCACUAUUACAAGCACAUCUACAGUGGAAAAGGCUACCGUUGCUCCAUUAUCUUCCUCCCAGUUGUCUUCAGAUUCAGCGCCAGAAAUACAGUCCAGCCUCGAUCUGUUGCCACCGCUUGACAUUGCACCCUCUCAGGAUGCAGAGCCACCCUGCCUCAGUCCUCAGAAUACACCCACCUUCAGCUGCCAGCAAUGCCCUGAGACCUUCAGCGACUCUGGGCUUCUCACCAUCCACAUGCAAAUACACAAGCGAUUUGUCAGCCAUUUGUUUUGCAAGUACUGCCGUAAAAAGUUUAUGCAUCUGAAAAGAUUGCGCAAUCACGAGCAGGUUUGCAUUAAAUCCCUCAAAGGUCCAUCUGAGUUAGAGACAAAUAAUAAGGACUCUUUGCGAGUCCCGAUCUCUAACGGUACAUCUAAUGCAAAUUCCACGCAACACUCCUUACCUCCACCAGAUCUCCAUAUCCCUUUAGAUUUAGAGCCCCCGUUGACUAGUCCCCUUGAGAUGUCUCAGGAUCAAGUUAACGGGAGCUUAAAAACAAGCACUUCGAGGACUUAUAAAUGUUCUGUAUGCAAACGAGCUUACGUGACUCUUUCUAGCCUAAAAAGACAUGAGAAUGUACACUCAUGGCAUCGAGCCUAUCCUUGCCACUACUGCAACAAAGUUUUUGCUCUGGCUGAGUACCGCACCAAGCAUGAGAUCUGGCACACUGGGGAACGCCGGUACCAGUGCAUUUUCUGCUUAGAGACCUUCUUGACUUAUUACAUCCUCAAGAAUCACCAGAAGACCUUUCAUGGCAUCGAUCCCCAACUGGCUGUCAAUAAAAAAUCUGCAAACGGUGGAUUCAAGAGUAGUGUCUACCCCAUAAAGCUUUACAGGCUUCUCCCAAUGAAGUUCAGAAAGAAACGUUACAAGUCUUACAGUCGGACAUACUCUGAAGGGAUCGAGGGCGACGAUGAGUCGUACAGCGCACCGCUGGGCAGCUGUUCCCCCAGUGCUCUUUUUGACAGUACAGUGCCGACGGCUAAUUCAGAUGUUGUUAGCGGUCAGUCCUUAUUUUCAUUGCCAGUCACAUUCAUGGCCACUCCGAAAAUGAUGGCGUCAGAAACGCCUCGUAUCAGCUUCGACAAACCGUGUGACCAAAAUGUAGGAUUUCCUGCGCCAUCCGACAUAGACCAAACCUUGAAACACCUCUCUGCUGAUUUCAAGAAAAAGUCUGGAUUUGAUGGAAAAGGGUCGCCGCUGUUCAGCUACAAAUAUACAGAUUCCUCAAAAGCAAUACAAAAGAACUCAGAGUCUUCUCUGGUUACGCACACAAGAAGUGAUUCUUCAACAGAGAAGAACACAGAAAACAGCACAGAUAUUCUUCCGUUCCUCAACAUACCAUCUGUGUGCUCCUUCGAAGGGUUGAGCAAGCUGAGCGAACUGUCAGCAGCAGCGCAAACCAUCGAGGACAUGGCUAAUCAGCUGCUACAAGCAAGACCUGAGAGCAUAACGGCGGAUCAGCCGCCCAGUGGAAAGACAGAAACGUACAUUGCUAAGCCUGCAUGCCCAGGCCCAUCGAUUGACAACCAAGUCCUUCCCCUCUGCCAAAUAACAGUGAAAAUUGGCAACGAGGCAAUUGUUCGGCGAAAAAUAAAAGGCUCGAAGCUGUUUCCCAAGAAGAGGAAAAGGAAAAGCUGGAGACAAGAGGGCAUAGGCCAAAGAACCCCUGCAGAGGAGAGCAUUGGAAGUCCGAGUUUGAGGGUGAGGACGGAAGUCACGACUUCGGUUAGAGAAAACGAAUCAUAUGAUGACCCAAACGAUCCUGAAACGGACGAACUGUGGCGUCCCUAUUACACGUACAAACCUAAAAAGAAGAGUAAGAAGCUGAAAGGAAAACGAAUGAGGAUGAAGCAUCUGAGAUGCUACACCAGGCCCUUGUCACCUGAAGCAAGUGAAGAUUUCAGGGAGGCACCGUUCUCUCCAGACGAGAGGAUCUCAGCAGACAACUAUGGGGUCAGGAGGGAGCCGAGGCAUAGCAGCCAAAAGGAAGCUUUCCCCUGCCACAGCUGCGAGAGCUCUUUCUCCAGCCAGACCUCCCUCAGCAUGCACAUCAUCAGCUGCCAUCAGCCACGCUGCAGAAUAUGUGGUAAACAAUGUCCCCCUGAAGACACGUCCAGCACAGCUGGGCCCACUGGAGAGGAUAGUGGUGACUUUAUCUGCAAGAGCUGCAACGAGGACGGCUCCUGUUUCAGCUCGGAUGUGGCAUCCCACAGCCUGAGCAUGGAAAAGCGUUACAGAUGUUCUUACUGCCCUCAGCGGUUCCUUUACCUCGCCACCAAGAAAAGCCACGAGAAGAAGCAUUUAGAAAAGUCAGGAAAAGGACACAAUUGCAGGUACUGCUCAAAGGUGUGCAAAUCAGCAGUGCUGUUGAGCGUGCACGAGAGCAAGCACUUCAAGGCGGAAGACGGAGAAGAUCCAGACGUGACGUGUAAAAUAACCAGUCCACUUUCUACCGCUAAAGAGCGCAAGGGACAGAUCAAGCCUGAGCCUUGGGAAAGCAUGUAUACCAGCUCAGAGAUCAAGCCAAAGAUGGACAUGGAAACGGAGGCGAAUUAUCCUGCAAUCACCAGUGUCUACAAGAAAACAUCUCUGUCAUUUCCAUAUGCAGCAGAUAGGUCUUUCAGUCCUCUUUCCCCAGAAAUAAAGAGGAAGACGUCCAAGAAAAAAAGCAUUUUGGAACGUUCUAAAGGAUUUGGAUUUGAGGAUUUGAUAUGGGGACAACAGGAUUGACACAGGUACAGUCAAGUAAAGUGCUGACUCGGUCCAAUCUGUCAUGCCUGCAACCAAAGGAACUUCCCAACAGCCUACAGUUGCUCAAGUCAGAACAGCACUUCUGCAAAGAGGAACCUUAUUUUCACACCCACGACAGGAAGGAAAUGCAUCUCCUGCUGAUGUCACGUAGAAUAAUGACGUAAGUGAUGGGGCAGGCCUUUCUACGUUUGAAAAACGGGGGAAAAACGCACACGAAAGUAUGAGGAGGUUGGCGUAGUGACUUUGCAUUCAAGAGAACUUGUGAGAUGUAAAUAUAGAGUAUUUUUGGUCGUUCACAUUAAAUACUAUUGGUAGUUUUCCAUGUUUUUCUAAGAGAGAAGAAGUGGUUUUAUUUUUAUACGUUUUUAUUUGUCUAAGUGGAUCUUCCCUAAUCCAUUGCUCAUUGUGUUGUACUCUAUGCAUCAAGUAAAGUGAACGACUAAGCAGCACCUUAUGGUAAAGAUAACUGCGAGUGAUUGUACUUAUAUUGUAACAUUAACACCUUUACCACCAUUUCAGUUUGUUUGUUGCACACAAAUGCAUUAAUAACUCUGCUGAUCUUACUGAUAAAUGCUAAAAAUGAUUUUACAGAAUAUACCAAAUGUUUUACCUUUCAUUUAUAAGAUUAAAUAAUUUUGUGAAAUACUUACAAAUUAUGAAAUAAAAAAAUAACACAUAACACAAAAGUCAUGUUAUUAAGCAUAUCACAACAUCUUAUCACAAAAUUGUUGUAGUGCUGUAAAAUGUAAUCAUGUUAAGCCACAGUAAUGUUUUGUGACAUUAAAUUGAACACAAAUGAAAACAAGGCUGUAAUAGGAUGUAUUCACAGACUUAAAGGCACAAUAUGUAAGUUUGUUUUGAUUAAAAUAUUCAAAAACCACUAG